AUGAUCUUUUACCUAUUAAGCUCAAUGGCCUCCCAGAAGAAGAACCUUCAAGGUCUGGUUGCUGCAACCAUCACGCCGAUGACUGAGCAUGGAGAAAUCAACCUUUCAGUCAUUGGUCAGUACGUGGAUUAUCUUGUGGGAAAACAGGGAGUGAAGAAUAUUUUUGUGAAUGGUACCACGGGAGAAGGCCUGUCGCUGAGCAUCUCAGAGCGCCGCCUCCUCGCGGAGGAGUGGGUGAUAAAGGGGAGGAACAAGUUGGAUCAAGUGGUAAUUCAUGUAGGAGCCCUGAGCUUGAAAGAGUCCCAACAACUGGCCCAACAUGCAGCAGAAAUAGGGGCGGAUGGCAUCGCUGUCAUUGCACCUUUCUUUCUCAAGCCACGGGACAAAGGUGACCUCAUUGCUUUCCUGCGGGAAGUGGCUGCUGCUGCCCCAGCACUGCCAUUCUAUUACUAUCACAUCCCUGCCUUGACAGGGGUAAAGAUUCGUGUCGAGGAGCUGUUGGAUGGGAUCCAGGAGCAGAUCCCCACCUUCCGAGGGGUGAAAUUUAGCGACACGGAUCUCUUAGACUUCGGACAGUGUGUCGAUCAGUAUCGCCAGCGACAGUUCGCUUUCCUUUUCGGAGUGGACGAGCAACUGUUAAGUGCCCUGGUGAUGGGAGCAACGGGAGCAGUGGGCAGUACCUAUAACUACCUGGGACAGAAGACAAACCAGAUGCUGGAGGCUUACGAACGGAAGGACCUCUCUUCAGCCCUGGAUCAUCAGUUUUGUAUUCAGAGAUUUAUCAACUUUGUGGUCAAACUAGGUUUCGGAGUGUCACAGAACAAAGCCAUCAUGACUCUGGUGUCUGGGAUUCCAAUGGGCCCACCCCGGCUCCCACUGCAGAGAGCCUCCAAGGAGUUUAUUGAUAAGGCAGAAGCUAAACUGAAGAGUCUGGGUUUCCUUUCUUUUAGGGAUUUAAAGGAUGGAAACUUGGAAACCUCUAGCUAA